GUCAGAGAUACCAUAAGACUGAAUACAUGCAGUGAUGCAUGCUAUUUCUCCAUUUUUCUUUACAGUGUCAAAUACAUACUCAGGAUAAUACUAAUUAAAAAGAAUUCCAAUGAUUACCAGCACAUUUGGGUUCAAAGACAUUUAAAAAAUGUUCAAAGCUUAUCCAACAACAUCUUAGGCAACACACAUUAAUAUAAUUAAUACAAAAAAUACUUCAUGUACUUGUGUGGUUUUACAAUCACUUGUCCAGAGUGUUGUGUAGCAGAUGUAGAUCAGUUUCUUGCAGAGUCAUUUGACACCGAUGAAAGGCAGCUUUCUGUCCUCAGUGUGUCAUGUGACCAACCAGUUGGAUACAGUCACACGUUGAGAUCCCGUCUGCCUCCAGUGAGGAAGCUGAGGAGUCAAGAUGACGUUCAUCGCCAAGACCUUCUACGACCUGAGAGCCACCACGCUGGAGGGAGACUCUGUGGAUUUCAACGUGUUUCGGGGACGGGUGGUCCUGAUAGAGAAUGUGGCCUCGCUCUGAGGCACCACCACCCGGGACUACAGCGAGCUCAACCAGCUUCAGAGCAAGUACCCCCAUCGGCUGGUUGUCCUGGGUUUUCCCUGUAACCAGUUUGGAUAUCAGGAAAAUUGCAGCAAUGGUGAGAUCAUGAAUUCCCUUCAGCAUGUGCGUCCAGGCGGCGGCUUUCAGCCCAGCUUUACCAUCUUUGAGAAGUGUGACGUCAACGGGACAUACACACAUCCGGUCUUUGCGUAUCUGAAAGACAAGCUCCCUUAUCCCGAUGACGACCCCACCUCCCUCGUGCAGGACCCCAAAUUUCUGGUUUGGAGUCCCAUCAGCAGGACGGACGUCUCUUGGAACUUUGAGAAAUUCCUCAUCGGGCCAGAGGGAGAGCCCUUUAAAAGAUACAGCAAGAAGUUCCCCACCAUUGACAUAGAGCCUGACAUUCACAGACUGCUAAGAUUAACUAAGACCUAAGAAUAGCCUCCACCUCUUAAUGACUUCUCAUCCAUCACAGUCAACGCUGAUAUGCUGUCCUCCACACUUUUAAGCCUUAUUAAAUGAGGGUAAUAUUCUGAAAAUCCUAGGGAAUAUUAUCUGAGGCCUUGUAAGUGCUUAAGAGUAGUGGAGGAACAAAGUUAAUAUAUGUAAAAUGCAUUUUACAGUACAAAUGUGGGUACGAAAUAAAUGCCAGGUAUAUUC